UCCCCAGGAUUGGGUUGCAAACUUCGACAAAAUACUGUUCUCCACUCCCUAUUGGUGCAUGCUCUAUCAUUCAUUCUUCGCCGGAGUUUGGUGAAGUACCAGGUUGCUUUACGGGAAAAGACUGCUGUAAUUUACUCUGGAACUGCCCUGCUGUAGACUUUUUCAUGGUUAUUAAUUUGUGCAAAGAAUCACAAACUGAUACAGCGGGAACCAAACUGGCAAAUCAGGCUGCCGAGACGACUGUGUAAUUCGCUGGAAAUGGAGAACCUCUCCUACGUACGGGGAUUUAAGUGUGUUUCUUGUUCUAUCUAACUGAAUUGAAGGAAUUUCAACAACAACAACAACAACAAAAAGAGCAAAAAAACAACCUUAUGAUUGAAGAACGCCAUGGUAGGAUGGGAGGAGUUCUUAUUCGGACGAGGACAAUGUAUAUAAAAAUAUGCAAGAAUCAAAGGAAACCCCCAUAUCCAGUCACCUAGAUGAAAUUGUUGCUGCUAUCAGCAUAACGCCUAGAAAGAAGAUCCAAAACAAGCUGCCUCAGACAGCGCUAUUCCAGCCUCCUCGAGAGAAACUCCACCUCUGUGAAGAGAAAGCGAAGUCCUACUCUAGCAGUCACGAAUAUAAACAGGCUGUCCAUGAGCUGGUGCGCUGCAUAGCGCUGACAAGAAUUUGCUAUGGCGACUCCCAUUGGAAACUAGCGGAGGCACACAUUAAUCUGGCUCAGGGCUACCUCCAGCUGAAAGGACUGUCACUGCAAGCAAAGCAACAUGCAGAAAAAGCCAAAGAAAUCCUUACCAGCUCCAUUGUGCCUCCCUAUGACGACAAUACGGAUGUUUUCAGGUGUUCGAUCGAGCUGUUCCAUACCAUGGGGAGAGCCUUACUCUCCCUUCAAAAAUUUAAGGAAGCUUCAGAGAAUUUGUCCAAGGCAGAGCGACUUGCAAAAGAGCUGCUGCAGUGUGGAAGGAUUAUAAAGGAGGAAUGGAUAGAAAUUCAAGCACGGAUCAAAUUGUCAUCUGCACAGAUAUAUCAAAGUCAGAAGAAACCAAAAGAAGCUCUGCCCCACUACCAAGAGGCUUUAGAAUAUAUUGAGAUCAGUAGAGGUGAAAAAAGUCUCGAGUGUGUACCAAUAUUGAGGGAAUUAGCAGGUGUUGAGCAAGCCCUGGGACUUCAUGACGCAUCUAUCAACCAUUUUCUACAGGCGCAUCUCAUCGUGCUGAGCAGAAGCCCCUCCCAAGAGGAGGCAGCAGUCUCCGCACAUUUUGUCGCCCACGCUGGCAUCGCUUCUGGGAGGACCGAGCACCACGAUGUGGCCGAGCAGUAUUUUCAAGAGAGCAUGGCUAAUCUUAAGGAUGCUGAAGGGACGGGAAAAGCCAGAUUUCUUUCAAUUCAAGAUGAUUAUUGCCGUUUUCUACAAGUCACUGGACAAAAAGAGAGAGCAACCUCAAUCCUGAGAGAGUCCCUGGAAGCUAAAGUGGCCAUGUUUGGUGAUCUCAGUCCCGAGGUGGCGGAGACCUACCGGCUGUUGGGUGGGGCUGACCUGGCACAGGGGAACCACAGUGGGGCCCACAAGAAACUGAAGAAGUUGUCCUGGAGAAAGAUGAUGGUAGCUUGCUCCAAGACAGUGGCCAGGGGAUGGAGCAAAGUCAUGGGGGAGUCGAGGGAUGUCGAUAAAGAUGUAGAAGCCACGGCACAUGGCAGCUCGGAGUGUCUUCAGAUUCAGACCCUCUUGUACGGGCCACAGAACAAGAGGACUCUGGCCACCCAGCAGACGGUGGACGUCCUGUCCAAGACCCCAGAGGUGGCUGUGAAGUCUAGGCAGGCCCCGAAAGCCAAACCAGCCUUCUACACCGGCGUGGCCCCGCACACUGUGCUGGGGAAGGCGCGGCCCAACGCGGCGGACUGAGCCCCCCCUCCCCCGCACCCCCAGAGAGAGCUUUAGUCAUGCCUGGGCGCCAACACUGAGGGUCCCCUAUCAACCUCUCCAACAAGAAGGUGGAAUCCAACAGCCGGUCAAGGUUUGCUGUUUGCAGACUUCCUGUGGGCCACAUUUGGACAGUGGAUCCCCUCCAGGGUGAUCUGGUGCUUCUACAAAGAAUUUUUCUUUUUUUACCACCCAAGUGGUUUUUCUCGCCAACAAAAAUUUUUACCCAUCAGCACUGCUGGGGCUGCAAGGCUUCUCUUCGAAAGUUUACAACUUCCUGUGUGUGAAUACAGUGGAGAGCCCCUGGCACAGAUCUGGAGUCAGAUUUGGAGCAAUAAAAUUCUGGAAAAAAGCUCUUUCUUAUAGGAAGCUAAUAGGAAUUGAGAAUAAAAUGCUAAUGAGGAAA